UCCUGUGUGUAGGUGAACCAUCAUCAGUGUAGAAGAAGAGAGAAAGCGAUUACCCCACCCUAGAGAGAGAAAGCGAUUACCCCAACCUAGAGAGAGAAAGCUCAGUCCUCAACGAUGCCGAAAUCGAAGAUCAAACUCCCCCAAAAUAGUUAGGGUUUCUCUUGAGUACUGUACUGGUUCAGCCCUGGGGACUGAGACCACUCAAUUCAGAGCCUGUUGUUGCGCCGAUUGGCUUCGGUUCAUGUUCAUAAUGGAGAUUGAUUCGCCUCCCGAUGCUGACACCAUUUCGCCUCGAGAUCGUAUUCUUCAGAGACUUUCCCUGCAAGGUGUUCCUGCAGAGUAUCUUGAGAAGCUCCAGCCUAGUCUAGUUACUUUUCUUAAGGAUAACAAGUUCCAAAUACCUGAUCUGGUCUCUGCUAUCUUACCAAAUGAUGAUGAUGAGGAAGAGGAGGCUUUUUCCCCAAGGCUUGCAGAUCAUUUCCAUGAAAGCAUGGUUUGGUUGCAGUGGUUGAUGUUUGAGGGUGAACCAGGUGAUGCGUUGAAUAACCUAGCCAAAAUGAGUGUUGGCCAGCGCGGUGUCUGUGGGGCUGUUUGGGGUAACAAUGAUAUAGCAUACCGCUGCAGAACAUGUGAGCAUGACCCGACCUGUGCGAUUUGUGUUCCUUGUUUCCAGAAUGGGAACCACAAGGACCAUGAUUAUUCUAUUAUCUAUACGGGUGGUGGUUGCUGUGAUUGUGGAGACGUGACUGCUUGGAAGCGCGAGGGCUUUUGUUCGAAGCAUAAAGGUGCAGAACAGAUACAACCCCUUUCAGAGGAGUUUGCUAAUUCUGUGAGGCCUGUCCUUGAUUUGCUUCUUGUCUAUUGGAAAAAUAAGCUAACGAUUGCAGAUCCUAUAUCUCAGCAAAGUCCUACAGUAGAUGAUCAUGUAACAGAGUUCGGAAAGGUUGCAGAUGUGCUAACAUCUGCUGUGGUGCAGAUGCUUUUGGAGUUUUGCAAGUGUAGUGAAAGUCUGCUCAGUUUAAUUUCUGAGAGAAUGUUUUCGUCAGUUGGUUUACUGGAUAUUCUGGUGAUGGCAGAGAGGUUCUUGAGUGAGGAUGUCGCAAAGAAGCUUCAUGAGUUACUUUUGAAAUUGUUGGGUGAACCUUUAUUCAAAUAUGAGUUUGCAAAGGUCUUUCUUAAUUAUUAUCCAACUCGGGUCAGUGAAGCCGUAAAAGAAUGUAGUGAUGCUGUUUUUAAGAAGUAUCCGCUGCUGUCCACAUUUUCUGUUCAAAUUUUCACUGUGCCAACUCUGACUCCAUGCCUGGUGAAGGAAAAGAAUCUCUUGGUCUUGCUAUUGGAAUGUCUGGAAGACAUUUUUAUUUCUUGUACUGGACAAGAUGGACAAUUACAGGUUACGAAGUGGGGAAAUUUGUAUGAAACAACUCUUCGUGUGGUUGAAGAUAUUCGAUUUGUCAUGAGCCAUGCCAUAGUACCUAAGUAUGUAACCCAUGAUCGGCGAGAUAUCUCAAGGAUGUGGAUGAGGCUAUUGGCUUUUGUGCAAGGGAUGAACCCUCAAAAGAGAGAAACAGGCAUUCAUAUAGAAGAAGAAAAUGAAAAUAUGCAUUUGCCUUUUGUUUUAGGUCAUUCUAUUGCAAACAUUCAUUCUCUCCUAGUGGCAGGGGCAUUUUCUAUCAGUACUGCAGAGGAGACAGAUGAUGAAAAAGAUUAUGAUGAUCGAGAUAGCCCAAGACAUGCCAAAGUCGGAAGGCUUUCGCAGGAAAGCUCCGUUAGUAGUGGAACAGGCAGGAAUUGUACAUUAGGUUCUGCAUCCAGAGUUGCUGAAGCAAAAUCUGAUAUCCUUUUAAUUCGGCCUUCUAUUUCAUGGUUAACAUUCGAGUGCUUGAAGGCUAUUGAAAAUUGGUUAAGAACGGAUAAUACGUCAGAAGCUCUUUUUAAUGUCUUAUCACCGAAAGCAGCGAACAUGUCAGGGAACAACUUUUUUGCAUUCAAGAAAACACUAUUGAAGUUUAGGAAGGGUAAAUCCAUUUUUAGGUCAUAUAAUGCACCUUCAGCCAGCAGUAAACUUACGAGUUCAAGUGAACUUCAAGGUAGACAGGGUUCUUCACCAGCUCACAGUGGAUUCCACAUAGGUAUCAACUUGGAAAGUGGACGAGUCAUGGGACAGGAUGCUAGUCCUGCUGCUUUUGAUGAUAAUACGAUGGAAGUAGACUAUGCUACUGAAUUAGAAGCACUACGUGUUCUAAGUCUGUCAGAUUGGCCAGAUAUAGUAUAUGAUGUUAGUUCACAGGAUAUAUCUGUUCACAUCCCUUUACAUCGAUUAUUGUCAUUGGUUUUACAAAGAGCAUUGAGAAGAUGUUACGGUGAGUCCGCUUUGCCCAGCACAAUUAGUGCCAAUUCUGCUGAUUCAUCAACUAUCUGCCAGGAUUUCUUCGGGCAUGUUCUAGGAGGGUGCCACCCGUAUGGGUUCUCUGCCUUCAUUAUGGAGCAUCCUUUACGAAUUAGAGUAUUCUGCGCUCAGGUUCAUGCUGGAAUGUGGAGGAAGAAUGGGGAUGCAGCCAUAUUAUCUUGGGAAUGGUAUCGUUCAGUUCGCUGGUCCGAGCAAGGUUUAGAGCUUGAUCUACUUCUGCUGCAGUGCUGUGCUGCUUUAGCUCCAGCAGAUCUUUACGUCAACAGAAUUUUAGAGCGUUUCGGAUUGUCAAAUUUCCUCUCUCUACAUCCUGAACGGUCUAGUGAGUAUGAACCAGUCCUGGUGCAGGAGAUGCUUACUCUUAUUAUACAAAUAGUAAAAGAAAGGAGGUUUUGUGGACUAAAUAUGGCUGAGUGUUUGCAACGAGAGUUAAUUUAUAAGUUAGCAAUUGGAGAUGCCACCCGCAGUCAGUUGGUGAAAUCAUUGCCUCGUGAUCUUUCCAAAAUUGAUCAGCUUCAGAAAAUUUUGGAUACAAUAGCCGUGUAUUCCAAUCCGUCUGGCAUGAAUCAGGGUAUGUAUAAAGUGCAUUUGCAAUAUUGGAAGGAACUGGAUUUGUAUCAUCCACGUUGGAACUCAAGGGACUUGCAAGUUGCGGAAGAAAGAUACUUGCGCUUUUGCAGUGCUUCUGCACUGACUACUCAGCUACCCAAAUGGACAAAGAUAUAUAAUCCUCUCAGUGGAGUUGCUAGAGUGGCUACUUGUAAGAUGGUUCUCCAAAUCAUUCGUGCUGUAUUAUUUUAUGCUGUCUACACUGAUAAGUCAACUGCAUCACGUGCACCUGAUGGAGUUCUGCUGACAGCAUUGCAUUUGCUCUCAUUAGCAUUAGACAUCUGUUGUCAGAAAGGGGAAUUUGGUGAUCAAUUGUGUUGCAUUGGUGAUUCGAUUCCCAUCUUAGCUUUUGCUGGGGAAGAAGUAUAUAUGGGAUUUGCUAAUAGAUCCGGGGACCAGAGCUUGUUAUCACUUCUUGUGUCAUUGAUGAGGAUGCAUAGGAAGGAAAAGCCAAACAACUUUCUGGAACCUGGUGGUUUCAACCUUUCCUCUCUGAUUGAAAGUUUAUUGAAGAAGUUUGCAGAAGUUGACUCUGGAUGUAUGACUAUACUGCACAAACUUGCACCUGAGGUGGUCAAUCAUCUGUCCCAUCCUGGUCCAAAUUGUGGUACAGAUCUCAGAGGUUCAGCUUCUGAAGGUGAUAAGCUCAAGGCAAAAGCUCGAGAGAAACAAGCGGCCAUAUUGGAAAAAAUGCGAGCCCAGCAAUCCAAAUUUUUGGCAAGCAUUAAUUCAAUUACAAAUGAUGGGUUGGAUGGUUCAGAAGGUGGAGAAGAAGCAUGCCCCUCUGAUAUCAGAAGCGACAGUGGAGAGCCCACACAAGAUGUCUGCUCUCUUUGCCAUGACCCAAAUUCUAAAGGUCCUCUAUCUUUUCUGAUUCUUCUCCAGAAAUCCAGGCUUCUGAGUCUCAUUGACAGAGGUCCCCCAUCAUGGGAACAAGUUUGCCAGUCAGACGGGGAGAAUGUUCUUAACCAUUCAAACAAGAUGAGUGUUACAUCUGAUAGGAACACUGCCUCAAGCAGUUCAGGGCUGAUUUCAUCUUCUCAGUUGAAUCAAUUGAUUCAAAAUGCGGUAAAUGAGUUUGCUUCUGAUGGACAGCCUAGGGAAGUCAAUGCUUUUCUUGAAUUCAUCAAGGCUCGGUUCCCUUCGGUUAGGAAUAUUCAACUGCCUUGCACAUCAAAUGAUACAAGGGAAAGGACUGCAUGUUCCCUUGAGACAUUAGAAGAACACAUGUACUUGUCCAUUCGUCAACAAAUGCAUGAUAAUUUGCUUCAUUCAGAUUUUGUACAGGAUGAUCAGACGUCACCAACAGUUGAACGGCAUUCAACAAGUGGAGGUGCUGAAUCUCUUUUGCUUGGAAAAUAUAUUGCCUCUCUUUCAAAAGAGACAAUUGAGAAUCCUGCUUCGGAAAAUACCCGUUCACGAAAUGCAGCACCAUCAGAAUCUUCUUCACCUCUUGCAGCAUAUGAUGGCUUUGGUCCCUUAGAUUGUGAUGGAAUCCAUGUUUCUUCUUGUGGGCAUGCUGUGCAUCAAGCAUGUCUUGAUCGUUAUUUAUCAUCACUGAAAGAAAGGUAUGUUAGACGAAUUGAUUUUGAAGGACUCAUUGUAGAUCCAGAUCAGGGGGAGUUUCUCUGCCCUGUAUGUCGUGGACUUGCAAAUUCAGCAUUGCCUGCAUUACCUGGAGAUUCUCAAAAGGUUUCUAGACCACCAAUGGUGUCAACUGUCAGUUGGCCAGAUGCUACAGGCCAAUUAUCCUCUGCAAACAGGGAAACUGAUUUCCUUCGCUUUCGGGAAGCCCUGUCUCUUUUACGUAGUGCUGCUGAUGUUGCUGGGAGGAGUGAAAUCCUAAAAGAUUUUCCAAUGCAUCAAAAUGGAAGGAUAAGACCAAAUCCUGAAUCCAUGUUUCGUGUACUAUCUGGAAUGUAUUUUCCAGGCAAACAGGAUAGGAUUUCAGGAUCUGCAAGGGUAAGCCACUCGGUAAUUAUGUGGGACACUCUUAAGUACUCUCUUAUAUCUGCUGAAAUUGCAUCUCGCUGCGGAAGGACUUUUUUGGCUCCAAAUUAUGGCCUUAAUGCCUUACAUAAGGAACUCAAAUCUUCAAGUGGGUUUAUAUUAUCUUUGUUGCUAAAAAUUGUGCGAAGCACACGGACAAAGAACAGUCUUACUGUUCUUCUAAGUUUGAGAGGUAUUCAGCUCUUUGCGGAGUCAGUAUGCUCUGGCGUUUCAUUAGAUGAAUUUCCAAGCCAGAUAUACAGACAGGGAGAAUUUCCGAGCCAGAUAUACAGACAAGGAGCUAACAUGUUAUCUAUCUUGAAAAAUGUUGAAACGGAUGUACCAUAUCCAGACAUCCAAUUUUGGAGACGAGCUUCCGAUCCUGUUCUUUCUCGUGAUGCUUUUUCAUCACUGAUGUGGGUACUCUUUUGUCUUCCGUCCCAAUUUCUGUCUUGUGAAGAGUCCUUCUUAUCCCUUGUGCAUAUCUUCUACGUUGUCUCCAUAGCUCAGGCUAUAAUCACAUAUUGUGCAAAAUGUCAAUGCAAUGCAACUGAAUUAGGAUGCGAUGAUGUCCUGAUCACUGACAUCUCCAAAGUUAUGGGAGAAUAUGUAAUUGCUAAGCAGUAUUUUGUUUCCAACUACAUUGAUCUUUCUUAUGAUAUCAAGGAUACAAUUCGUAGCUUGAGCUUUCCUUUUUUGCGAAGAUGUGCUUUGUUGUGGAAAGUAGUGAACUCUUCCACCUCUGCACCAUUUAGCGAUGGGGCUCAAGUGCUGGAUAGGUCAUCUCAUGCCAUUGACGAUAUGAUGGAAUAUACCAAUGCCAUUAAGGUGGAACUUGUUGAAGUUGAAAAGCUGGAGAAGAUGUUUAAGAUUCCCAAUCUAGAUGUUGUUCUUAACGAUAAAGUGCUACGCUCCGUAGUCUUAAGAUGGUUCCAUCAUUUUAUGGAGUGUGUAGUUCACAAUCGUCAGUCUGUUUUGCACUUGACCCCUGCAGUUCCAUUUAAGUUGAUGCAUCUGCCACAUCUUUACCAGGAUCUCUUACAGAGGUAUAUAAAGCAGCACUGCCUUGAUUGCGGAGCUGUUCUGGAAGAGCCAGCGUUGUGCCUGCUGUGUGGCAAAUUGUGCUCUCCAAACGGGAAGAUAUGCUGCGGGUCUGUAUCUCAUCAAUACUUGGAAAGUAGGUGCCAAACUCAUGCAAUGGCCUGCGGUGCUGGAACUGGAGUAUUCCUGUUGAUUAGGAAAACCACAAUCUUGCUUCAGAGAUCUGCACGUCAGGCACAUUGGCCUUCCCCAUACUUGGAUGCAUUUGGUGAAGAGGAUAUGGAAAUGCAUAGGGGAAAGCCAUUGUAUUUGAACGAGGAACGCUAUGCAGCCCUUACUCAUAUGGUGGCUUCUCAUGGUCUUGACCGGAGUUCCAAGGUUUUUCGUCAGACAACUAUUGGUGCUUUGUUAAUGUUUUAGCAUGAAGUUGUGGAAGACAUUCUUGUGAAGGUGGUUAGGAUUCUAAUUCAGAUGUAUGAUGAUAAAUGAGUCUCCAAAUGUCAGCUAUGCAAUUAUCCAUAUCUCCUACUUUGGGGCUUAAACUUAAGGAUCUUGGAGGGAAUUCGUGGCUUGGUCCAAUGUAUAGGCGAUUCAGGUUAGCUUGGAAAUGAUUCUUUAUGACACUAGU